UAUUAUGAGUUUCAAAUGAUAAUUUUUCACCCAUUGUGAAUACAAAUCAAUAUACGAUUGUGAAUAGGUUUUGUUUGCUGUUUGACGUUUGUCAUUUGUGCUGAGUUCUUGUGUUUUGUUUUAUAAAUAAUUUCGGCGGAAUAAUGAGUAGAAUAGUUAGCAACAAAAAACAACUAGAAAGGCUUGUGGAAUUGAUGGAGGAAAAUCCUGAGCUUGCAAAAGGCAUUUGUGCUAAGCCAGUUCUAACAAAAAAAUGGGAAGACAUCGCUCUGGAACUUAAUAGCUUGGGGCCUCCAGAACGGGACUCAGCUAAGUGGCAAAGAGUAUGGGCUGAUUUAAAAUGUAAAAUUAAAAAAAAAAUUUCGCAAAAUAAAAUUGAACUCAAUGCGACCGGUGGAGGGUCCAAUAAAUUGCAUCGAUUGACUGACACCGAAGAAGCAGUUAGUCGCCUUAUGCAUUUUCCUGCCUGCGUUGAUCCACCAGGUGUUGAAUUUGGAUUGAAUUCAACAAGUUUUCUUAUUGAAGAAGAUGAAGGAGUCGGAGAAAUUUCUGCAAUGGACACCAAAGAAGUAGUCACGGCAGUGCAUGUUGGAGAAGUGAUUGCAGCGUCAACAAAUCCAAAUCGGAAAAAUAAGGCAACAUUUAAGGACACAAAUGAAAAUGAAAGAAUGGCUCUGUUGGAAAAGCAAACCUCGGCGCAGGAAAAAUUUUAUGACAACAUGAGUAAUUUAAUGAGCAAUAUCGACACAAACUUUCAAAGCAUGAAAUCAUCCAUUCAAAACACUGAAUAUUAUGCCAAAAAAACUUACAAUUUAAAAAAAGAAAAACAAAGUGAAUUACUUAAAAUUAAAAAAGAAAAGUUGCAGCUAUAUAAAGAAAAUAUUAAAAAUAAAGAAAACGAUAGAAAAACCAAAUUAAAAUUAAAAAAACAACUUUUGGAAAUUGAGCAAGCAAAGCAUAAUGUUAUGAAUUCCUAUGUGCCAGUUUAAUUAUGUUUUAAAUGCUAAAACAAGUGAAUUUUAGUGAUUUCAGUUAAGUUAGUUAUAAUGGAUAUUUAUUUACUUUUUUUACUUUUGAGCAAUGUAUGAACUCUCAGUGCUUUUUUUAUGUUACGUUUUCAUGUUAUGUUUUUUUAAGCUUUUGUAAUAUGUAUCUUGUUUUGUUAUACAUAAAUAGUUUUUUAUAACGAACAAUAAAAUGAUAAAACAAAAGAUUUUUGAUUUUGUGAUGCAUUUUUUUUAUUUAUUCGGUUUGCAUGAAUCUUGCUAUUGAAUCCCUUAUCCGACUGCCUUCAGUGAACAUUGCAGAAUCAUCUAACAUAUCAUGGUUUCCAAGAACAUUUUCGGA